CUCAGACUGGCCUGGCGGACAUUGCUCUCCCACCGUUGCCCCCGAGACCGGCCCCCCUCCGGGGGCGGGGCGGGUGCGCUCUUCUGGCUCCCCCUCAUGGGGCGCUUGCGCGUGGCAGCUGGCGGCGCCGCGGGCGCCGGCGCGCAGCGCUCGGGGCCGGCCUCGAAGCGGGCCCGCCGCGGCGCCCGCAGGAGACGCGAGGCGGCCGACGCUGAACCGGACCAGGGCGCGGAGCCCAGGGGCCGGCGCGGCCGGACCCCGAAUUCGAAUUGGGCGUACGGCGGCGCGGCGGCACAGGACCCCGCGGACGACCUGUUUGCCCCAGGCACGCCGCCGGAGCGCGUGAUGGAGCAGGCCCUCGCGGAGGGCUGGGCGCCGGGGGCGCUGACGCGGCCCCAGGCGUGCCUGCUGCUGGGGCUGCUCCCCUGGUCGUCGCCGGAGGACGUCAGCGCCGCGAAGAGGCGCAUCGUGGCGAAGGUGCACCCGGACAGGAACCCGGGCAAGCCUGGCGCCGAGCAGGCACUGAGGCUCGCGCUGGCGGCCGCGGACCUGCUGCGCUGAGCCAGCACCCUGGGCACCGCCGCCGGCGCUGUGCGCCGCUUCGGCUCCAAAAGCGAAGACCAAAUGACUUCGAUCUCCCCCGCCUUGCCCUCCACCCUCGCCCUGCUCUCGAACGCUCUGCGCAGCGAGGUGGCGAAGGCUGCCCGUCGCGUUUCUCAGGCUGGUGCUCGGCAGCUCACUGGUCGCGCUAAGAUGCGUCGGAUCAACCGACGCCGGAAGCGCAUGCAGAGAAUGGCCCGGCUUCUGUCGCCUCUUGAUCGCCGCACCCCGCUCGCUGGCAUUCGGACUCCCGCUCGCGAGGUCGUUCAGACCCGUGCUAGGAUCCUUGAGGCUCUGGCCGCGCACCGGGGGCCCGUGCGUUCACAGCGAGUCCUUAUGAUGCGAAGCCUUUCGCGGAGCAGCUUUCCUGGGUGCGUUUCCCACGGGGCCUGAUUUUUCCGUCCCCCCCUGGUUUUCUCAGUCUCUAUCCCCCAGAGCUCCAACAUGGCGGCCCGGGACCCGCCGGGCUUCUUUGCGCUGCGUGGCAGCGCGCCCCCGGGGGGGCGGAGCUCUCGUGGGGCCGCGUGCAGUGGCUGCUCGCUGGCAGCUCGCUCUUGCCAGACAAGAAGCAGGUGUUGGGAAGCUUCGUUCCCGAAGGGGAAGAAGCAGGAGACCGCGCCACCGGUGUGAUUAGAGCUCCGUCGGACACGUGCCUGCUCGGCUUGCA